AUGAGUGGAUUCUCAAAUUGGUUUGAUCCAUUUGGAUCAAAUUCUGCUUUACAAAAUUCAACCUUUCCUUCACAAAAUUCUGACGAUCAUUCUCAAAAUUCGAAGGGUUGUCCGAAUUUCUCUUGGCCAAAUAUGCCUCCAAAUCCUCAUAUAUAUCCUAACAAUCCCAUGAAUGCUCCUCCAUUUGAAUUUUCAUCUCAAGGGCAUCCACCUCAAGGGUUUCAGCCAUAUGGAUAUCACUCACAUUGGUAUCCCCACCAAGCGUAUUCCCCGCAAGGAUUUACGUUUUCAGACUCGUCAAGGAGGAACAACGUAGAUAGGGUGAGUAGUGAUCGAAGAACGCCAUUUUCGAGAAAAGCAUCUAUGCAAGACGUAGAAAAUAUAGAUCUCUCUGGUGAUGCACACUCUAACGACGACAAUCAUCCUACCAAAAAGAGUCGGGCGUAUUAUUCGGAUGCAGAGUGUGAGCUCGUUGCGCAAUGUUGGAUCGAUAUUAGCGUCGAUUCAGUGGUAGGAAAUGAUCAAAGAGAUGAGCAAAUGUGGAAACGUAUUAAAAAGGCCUACAACGAAAAUCGUCCAACCAACACUCCAGCAAGGGAACUUAGCUAA